CACCUUCUAAGAAAAGUUCAGACCGGUUUCCGGGUUUCUGUCGGCGCAGACUUGUUGCUGUCAGAGGGACUCCUCGCCUUGCUUCUGUGUGCUGGCCCGGUGGGAGGCCUUUGCUCUGGAGCUUGAAGAAAUCCGCAAAUGUGGGAUGAAAAACUUCCGUAACAUCCAGGUUGAUGAAGCUAAUUUAUUGACUUGGCAAGGGCUUAUUGUUCCUGACAACCCUCCAUAUGAUAAAGGGGCCUUCAGAAUUGAAAUCAACUUUCCAGCAGAGUACCCAUUCAAACCACCGAAGAUCACAUUUAAAACGAAGAUCUAUCACCCGAACAUUGAUGAAAAGGGGCAGGUCUGUCUGCCGGUAAUUAGUGCUGAAAACUGGAAGCCAGCAACCAAAACUGACCAAGUCAUCCAGUCCCUCAUAGCACUGGUGAACGACCCCCAGCCCGAGCACCCACUCCGGGCUGACCUAGCUGAAGAAUACUCUAAGGACCGUAAAAAAUUCUGUAAGAACGCUGAAGAGUUUACAAAGAAAUAUGGGGAAAAGCGACCUGUGGACUAAAAUCUGCCACGAUUGAUUCCAGCAAGUGUGAGCAGAGAUGCCAAGCAGUGCAUUCAGACACCCCACAAAGCAGGACUCUAUGGAAAAUUGACAUGUGCCACCGCCUGGCGUCUGCUUGUGGCAGUUACUAACUUUCUACAGUUUUCUUAAUCAAAAGUGGUCUAGGUGACCUGUAAAGAAAGGAUUAAAAAUUUAAGAUGUUCUAGUUCUGCUUUCUUUGUUUUAAAAAUCACUGCUUCAGUCUACUUUAAAAGAAUGGUGUUUCUUUUGCUGUCCAAAUUUAUCCAAAAUCUUCAGUUUACAUUUAGCCCAUAAGGUUAAAAAAAAGUUGUGGUUCCCCUCUUCCCCUGCCCUUGCAACUCCCACUUUUUGCAUUUAGUUUGUUUUUCACUCACUUCCCCAAACCCAGGCCCCACCUCCCGCCGGGAGGGGCAGUGGAGGCCUCUGCGGCUCCUCUGCUCCCCUCCUUGGCACGCGGCCUGGUGUGGGAGUCGGUUAAGUUUCUCUUGACUCUGAUUUAUAAUAUCCUUUUAAAAAAAUUAAAAAACAAGCAAACAACCAUCUCCACUCCUACCCCCUCCCAAAAACAAAGCUGUGGAAAGGGAGGCCUAGCUCUGCUGUAAAACUCUGGCUAAUGUUACCCCAGUAAUGCUGACCAGAUUGGCAGACCCUGCCGUCCGCGUCAUGAUGAACUCCACCUGGGCCGACCUGCUUAGGGAGACCCCCAGCACCAAGUCUGCGGCAGCCCCCAGGGGUGUGCCAGCCAGAGCACGGUGCACUUGUGGGAGGAAUUUUUCACCAGAGAGGCUCCCGAGGCCACAGGUUGCCAUUCCUCCCUGCAGCUGUUCUAGAAGAUGUCCAGGUCCCUGCGGACAGUGCUAAAGCCAGAGUGUCUACUUGAAAUUCCACGCUCACCUGUCACCAACGUGUCCACCCGACGUAGCUCAGAGCUCACCCUCUGCGUCCUCAGUGCAGCAGCCCCACCGCGGCCCUUCCUCAGCACGUUUGACCCUCUGGCAGACUCCUCUGUCACCGGCACCAGCCUGGGGUCGCUGGCGCCCCACUGGCCCUUCCUCUGGAGCAUCCAGACGGCCCAGCCCAGGAACAGGACGGCCUCCCCCUCCCACUGGACUCAUGGCCUUCGCGGAGUCAGGCUCCACGUGAAGCUCACUCAGUAAUAUCCUUUACGUGUUUUAUAUUGUUUUGACUGCCUUUUUUUGUAGAAAUAAAAAUUGACCUUAGAAUUUAUCAUCAGA